GAAGGACUUGAGAGCACGUCGUAGAUCGUCGUUGUCACCCAGAGCAGAAACAGGUGUCUGCUCUUGCAAUUCCGAGUGAACGGAUUGGCUGUGGUGGCACCGACUUUGUAUAGAUUGUAUGGUGUGUAAUUGGCACGCCAUGGUGCCCUCAGACGUCGGCAUGUCCACGACCUCGUCCAUGGUGCGGCCUUCCCAUCAGGCAUCGACAUAUUCUAGUGCGAAUCCCCUACCGGUCGCAACAGAACCCCUCCCAGUGUCAUGGAACACGAGCUCCAUUGCAGAAACUUCGACCACCGUGGACGCAACCAUGUCCUCCGUAAACAGGUUUAAGGCCUCCCUACCCUCUACAUCCUUUGAAGCGCCAAUGCCAUCAGCGACCGCGGCGUUCAAAGCAUCCGUGCCGUCGGUGGGCAACACGCACGCUCGUCCGCCGAGCUCACCCCGGACGACCAGUGCCGUCGACGGUACGCCAAAGGAGAAGCGCCAGCGCGAUGCCUUGUAUCGCUCCUCGUGGCAGUCAGGUUCGCAGACCGAGCACGACCGGCAGAAGGCUGCCGUGGCGGCCGGCUGUCCGGGCUCGACGUCCGCGACUGGCUCCCAGCUGAACAGCGUCUAUCAAGCACGCGGCGAGGCGGCGCAGAAUGGCAGCCCCGACAGCGACCGGGAUGAUACCUGGCGAACCGAACUGAUGGAGCUAGAGGGCUGCUCCUUUGGCUGGAAAAAGGCACUGUGCAUGCGUCAGCAGCGGGCCGCCCAACUUAUCUUUGACAGCGAGAGCAGCGGGGUGUCGACGCCGAUUGCUGGAGCCACGGGCAUCAAAGGAAGGUUGGUCGUGGCUAGCGAUGAAGAGCAUGACUUGGACGGUAGGCCGCUCAAUACCAUGGAUGAGGAGUCGCAGAUAGUGGCCACAUUCGGCAACAGCCAGGGCAGCGCCGGACACGGCACCCUAAAAGAAUCGCACGACGCGACAGCUGGAUUUGGAAGCCAAGGGCUUGACGGGUUGUCCAUUGUUGAGGGCAGUUCAUCUGCGGGCGAGGACGCCACGAAUGGUCGACGAGGCUCGGAUGUGCUGCUGACCGAGAUGGAGGGGAUUAGCCCUGGCAUCAGCAGCGGGAGGAAGGGCGGUGCAUCCUCCUCGAACACUAUACCAAAAGGCGUCGCCGGAGCCGAGGCGGAAGCCAGUUCGCUGUCCGUUGGUCUGACCGGUACCGAGCGGAUGCAGCAGCGGCAUUCGCUGCCUGGCUACAAGCCCAGCUUGCGGUCGGCAUCCGCAGCAGCCAAGCAAGACCAGGCGAAGGCAGCGCAAAUGGCGCUGAUGCUCACCCCUGAACAGCAAGCGCGAGAGCGGCAGCAGAUCCGCGCUGACCUCGCCGGGAUCGACCGACGUGCGCUCAAAGGGCCGCUACGGGAUUUGAUGCAAAAUCCCAAUUACACCGGUGAGAUCCCAGGCAGCCUAUGGGGCAGCAAUGCCGCUGUUUCCACUGCUGCGUCGGGCAGCGACAGCGAGACGUUCGAUCUCUCGGGCGGUGGUGCUGGUGGCGGCGUGCACGACAGGCCGCAGAUCGGGACCAGGAGACGCAGUAACAGCCUGGGCAGUACUGCGAUUACGUUGCAUUACCCAUCUCCCUCUCCGCCGCUUUUUCCGCUGGGAAGGCCAAACGGGGACACUGCGAAUGUGGCUCAGGAUCGGUUCUCCACGCUUAAAGCGCAGAAUCAGACACCGGCACAGGCAGAGUAUUCAAUAACUAUGCCGCCUCCGCCCCAGCCUGCUCUUGCGAGCAAGCAGACACAUAACGAACGCAAGGAGAACGCCAGCAGCUCAGCAGCGACGACAAGAAAAACGCCUCCUCGCCGCCAAGAAUUCCGACGUGCCCGGAGCGGCCUGACUGUCAGUCCACAGGAAACCUUUCUGGACUACGAAAAUGUCGAGGCUGCCAUCUUAGCAUCGAGCGCGAUGGGCCGAAGCUCGGGGGCGGGGAACGUAAGCGUGUUUGCGCCGGAUCCGCCUGAGCUAAAGAACGCGUUGGCCGGCGACGGGCUCGAGGGGCAACCGGUGCCAUUACAUAUUCCCAGCAGGCCGGCCGCGAUUGAUGAUGUGCCUGCGUCGUUGGCUGAUGUAAGAACUGUGGUGGCGACGGCUGGGAGAGUCAAGGCUGGGGGGAACAUGCAGGAGCGGGAUGCGCACGCGAAUGGCAUGGGCACACCCAAAGCAGAUUCCGACGCGGUGUUGCUGGACGAUACGCCGAGCUUGACGGGCAGCAGUAGCGUCUCGAGCAGGGAAGAGAGCAUGAUCGCCUCGCCGCCGUCUGACAACCAAGCGUCCUCGCUGCUGAACCCGAGUCGGCCUAGUAUGGAGCGAUUUCAGACCCUCAAGCCGGGCGAAAUGCCGUCUUGGCGGAGCGUAAGGAAGGCAUCGUUGUCGUCUGACUCGUCGCUGAUACAGAUCGAUGACGAAGUCGUUGCGGAUGACAGGCUGUCACAGGGCAGCUCCGCCGCCAACUUCCUCAACGCGAACAGCGCGCUUGGAAGGUUGACCAGCACGCCGGACGACGAGGACGAAAAACCGUACCUCAACCGCACUCAUCCUAAUGCUGCGUUCCCUUUCCCAGCCCAACGCGGGCAAGCGGGCCACGCACCUGGAUUGGCAGCGGUGAAUGUCCGCAACGCCGUUCGGGCGUCGAGUCGGGAGGAUGCGAGCGCACCGCGCUUUUCACAAUUUUCGGCGUCGUCCAGCGAGGAGGAGGACAAGGCUUGCGUCAGCUUUACAGCCAAGAUAAUGAGCGGCAGUGGAAUGCUCGCACCGCCCGGCAGACGGCCCCUCGCUGGGCGCAGGGCGCCGGGAACAUUUGGGGGGUAUGGAUACAUUCCGGGCAGCGCGGAUAGCGGCCUUUCGAUUCCCGACGGGCAGGCUCCUUCCGAGGAUAGCAGCAGCAGUAGCAGCGACGUGAACAUUGAGCAGAACCGACCGCUUGCGCUGCAUGGCCUCAUGUCGCGGGAGGCGAUAAACGGCAGCAAGAAGGAGAAGCGCCGGACGUCGGAGGCGGGCAGCCAGAGCCCCGAAGAUGAAGGCAGCAUAAGCCCGAACAUCCGCAGCUCGGCACAGGCACUCAGCGGGUAUCGGUAUUCGCCGGGCUAUAAGGCGAGCAAGCCUUUGCCGCCGGCGCACCGGCGGGAAGCGUCGGUGAAGCGGGGGUCUUCGGAGCGGGCUGCUGCGUCUGCGACGCCUGAGGAGUACGAGUCGGGCGACGAAACAUACGUUGCCGAAUCGAGCGCGAGAAAGGCGAGUGCUGGUACCAAGCGACGUCGUGCGACCGGUGGAAAGGACAAGAUUGUUGUGUCGCCGCCAUCCGGUCGGCAGACUAAAACGACUGCCGCUGCCGCGUCCGAUGCACCGUUCCAUGGAGCCGAGCGGACAUUCCCGACGAGCAAAAGCGGCAUGUCCAUCUGCGACUAUGUCUCCCCGUUAACUAAGGAGUACUGUGGCACCGAGUUCCACCGGAUGUACGACCUGACGCGGCAUCGAGAGACGAUCCACGCCAAGGAGGAGGCCAAGGCAGUGCGCGAAAAGCAGUUGACGAUGGAGCAGUGCAUCGUUCUCGGCAAGGAGGUCGACCCAAAGACGAGCUCCGCGACGGUCGAGUGGAAGUGCGAGGGCAAGAAUGGGUGCGGGAGUGUGUUUUCGCGCAAAGAUGCAUUGCUGCGCCACAAGCGCAUCCGCAACCACUGACGAGCAAUGUCGCGCAAAGAUACGUUACUGCGCAUCAGCAAGCACUUGAGGGCAAUGUCGCGUCUGGGCAGGGGUCAUCAUUGUAUUAACAGCAUUUGCAUUUGAAUCUAU